UUCAUGGUAAUAAUUUAACAAAAGCAGAUAUAGUGAAUAUAGUAACAGAAGCACAAGCAACAACAACAACAUCAACAACAACAACAACACCAACAUCAACAUCAACAACAGCAAUAGUAGCACCAACAACCAAUUCAAUAAGUUUAUCAAGUUUAAAUUCUGUUAAUGGAAAUAGUAUUGGUUGUAUUGUUGAAUUGGAAUCAGUAUUUGAAAUUAUGUUUGAUAGGAAAAUACCAGAAGCACUAUUAAACUCAAUUAAACCACCAUCAAAAUUUUCAAAUAUAUUCCUAUCAACAUAA